AUGAGUCUUGCUAUUGAUGCUAUUAGAAAAAUCUCUCCAUGGAAGGAAAGUUGGACUAUUGAGGCUAAGAUCUUGACCAUUUGGGAAGAUGCUACCAUUGUUAAUCAAAAUGUGCAGAAACUCUUACACAUGGUCUUGAUGGAUAAGCAGCACCACAAAAUUCAAGCAACUAUUGAGGAUGAUUUGAUUUCAACUUUUAUUGAUCGGUUAAAAGAAGGAGAAGUAUUCAUUAUUUCCGACUUCAAAGUGAUACCCAAUCUUGGAUUGGUCAGGGUUACAAGACAUCGUUUUCGCAUCCUUUUCAAGUGUAGUACCUCUGUUGUUGCUGCUUCAAGUACAGUCAUACCCAACCCUGGUUUAAGUGUAACUUCUAUGGACCAGAUUCUUCAGAAGUGCAUUGAUUAUGAGUACUUAAUAGAUUUUAUUGGGGUGCUUUGUGGAUUGAAAAAGAGAAGGGAUGUUGAGUGUAAUGGAAAGAUAUUGAAAGUUCUGACCCUUGAAGUUUUUGCUGAUGGGAAGAAAAUCUCCUGCAAUUUUGUUGGUGAUUCUCCUGCUCUUUUAGAGAUGAAUACUUUGAAAAGGUACAAGAGACCACCUGUUGUAAUUCUGCAAUCUUUCAAGAUCAAAGUCAAUGGAGAUAAAGUCAGUCUCCAAAAUGUGAUCAAUAUUUCCCGAGUUUUGAUCAACCCUGAUAUGCAGGAAACUGUGAAUUUUCUGAAUCAAUAUGGUAUUGGGAGCCACCAUUUCAGUAGACUCUGUAGUAAUGAGGUUGGGGAUUUGGUAUGUGUAAGGGAUGAUGAAUCUUUUGAUUGGAAGCUAAUACGCACUAUUGAUAAUCUUAAGGCCAACAAUGAGGAUGGACAAUACUUUGUGGUUGGAAAAAUUAAGGAGAUUGUUGAAGAUCCGGAGUGGUGGUUUUUUUCUUGUGUUUGCGGUCAUCCUAUUGUAGGUGAUGACAAUGUGUUCUAUUGUCAGCUGUGCAGCAGAGAGAUUCAGCAUUUUAUGAUAAGUUACAGGAUUAAGAUACUUGUUGAAGACGGUACUUCUUGUGGAAUGUUUGUCUUGUUAGACAGCCCAGCCACUAAGCUAUUAGGGAGAACGUGUUCUGAUGUUUUUUUGUUGUUAGAAGAUGAAAUCGAUGAUGUUAGUUCUGAUUCGGCCUUUAGCCCAAUAUUUGAAGAUUUUUCUCGGUAUGGACAGCUUAGAUGUUAUGAGAACCAAGUCAUAUCUGGUGUUCGAAUAGAGCUGCAUAGCAUUAAAGAGAUUCUUGUUGACAUUCUUUGUGCUAAGAUGUAUUCUUCUGCAUCAAGAAAUGUUAAUAGCCAACUCACUCCUGCUGCUCCGGAUAAUCCCUGGCCAUUCAUGCUCUGUUUAUCGCUCUCCCUGUCUCCCAAAUUCUCAUUUCCAUAA